AUGUUCUUGAAGAAACUUAGCAAAUGGACCAGAUACUUGUGUCCUGAACCCUAUCUGGAGGAGAAUUUGGAGUUUCUUAAAUCACAAAAUAUUCGUCUAUUUCAAUUUGGAAUUGAGGGGAAAACGGAAGUUUCUUUACCUAUUCUCAGUGAUUCUAUUAUGGAGGCUUUGAAAAUUUUACUUGAUGUGAGAAAUCACCCUGUUUUGAUUCAUUGCAAACGAGGAAAGCAUAGAACAGGUUGUGUAGUUGGUUGCUUCAGAAAGAUGCAGAACUGGUGUCUAUCUUCUGUGUUUGAGGAGUACCAGCGUUAUGCUGGUGCUAAAUCCAGAACAUCGGAUUUAACAUUUAUAGAGAUGUUUGACAUCAUAAAUCUUAGGCAGUGCCUCUACAGCAUCAUCUACCAGUAUCAAGGUGCUUCAAAGAAGCACAUAUUGAUGUAUCAAGGCGAGACUACGCAGAAGCCACCCCGUUUGACAUCGUUUUAGCUGCUGCACUGGCUAUCAACUCCAUUUUUGGAUUUGGUAGAGAACUCAUACUUCAAAGUAAUUUUUUGGAGUCUUUGAACAUAUAUCCUUAGGGUUUUUAAAGAUCUUUUGAGUACUGCUAUUGA